UAACCAACCGUAUCGAAAUAGAAUCGUAUAUCUGAAGUUAUAUUUUUAUGCCCAGUUUGGGCAUUUUAGUGGGUGCCAAUGUGACACAUUUAUGCGACAAUUGGCGGAUUAUCAUGUGGCUAGCAUUGUGUUGGCCCUGAGUGUAUGUUGGCGUCUGUGUAAGUAAUAUUGAUUGGCUAUCCAAUUUGCAUAUAAUUUAUUUUCAAUUGUUGUGACAUUUUGUGCCACUGUUGUUGCUCUGGACAGGUUACCACAGUCGUGGGAAUGUGCUGUCUGGUUGCAAGUUGCGAGUGUUGAUUGUUGCUUGUCGCUAACGACAAAUCUUGAGGCCUGGCUCACUAGUACUAGUACUUGGGCCAAACUUUCACUCGAUUGUGGCCUGGCUUAGUCGAUAAUUAAGCCAUCUUGUGGCAGUGGCAGCAUUGUUUAUCUGGCCGCAGACAAUGGCUGCAUCUAGCUGCUAUCUGUGGCAAAUAGCUCUGGCCGCGGCGCACCUUCUAUUAAUGAGGUGGCCAACUUUAUUUAACUACAACUACAGAGUCCCGAAUCAUGUAGCUGAGAGUCUGUGACGAGCGGUAAAAGUGGGGUUUGUUGCCUUUUGGCCUUAUUUCUGUUGCAAUACUAAAUGCCAAUUUAGCCUGGAUGCGAAUUCAAGCAUUGAGUCUUUGCCGCUGUCGCUGCUGCUGCUCAGGUGCUAAUGCCUGCCCGAGUUUGUCACGCUAACCGGCUGCUAACCAGCUGAGGCCGAUGAGGCCCCAAAAACCGGUUCCAUGUUGGCAUAUGAAAUCGAUGUGACGAUCUUGUGGGCCCAGCCGCAUUUUCGCGCCAGUCUGUACAAUAACUGGCUAUAAUGGGCGAUCAACCGAAGAAGAAGGAUCCUGUCCCGGUGGAGAAGACAGCCGAUCCAAUUAUCUCCCAGAUCGGCGACUUUAAGCGUUAUCAGUUCUGGUUUUGUAUGCUGAUAUUUUUAAGUAAAUUUGGCACUGGCUGGCACACACUGGCACACAUAUUUUUGGCGGCCCCCACCCCCCUUAGUUGCGCAACACCAAACGUGACAGAUGCGUGCAGCGACGACUGCGAUAACAUCGAUUUCGACACAAGCGUAUUUGAGACCACCAUAGUUACAGAAUGGAAUCUUACCUGUAAAAAAUCUAGUUUGGCCAGUAUGUCACAAUCCAUUGUUAUGGCUGGCAUUAUGUUUGGCAGUAUUGUCUUUGGCAUGAUCGCAGAUCGUUGUGGUCGUCGUCCUGCAUUUUUGGGCUGCUGCUUCAUGCAGCUAGGCGCUGGCUUGAUCGUCUGUCUGUCCCCGUAUUUUUGGUUCUACUGUCUCUUCAGAUUUCUGACGGCUUUUGCCACAGGCGGCACCAUGACAACCAGCUUUGUGCUCAUCAUGGAAAUAAUAGGACCGAAGAAACGCGAACUAGUUGCAAUUCUGUAUCAGAUACCAUUCAAUAUUGGCCACGCCUCCCUGGCGAUAUUUGCCUACUUUAUACGCACCUGGCGCUGGUUUCAGUUCGCCGUGACAAUAUUUUCGGUCGUGUUCGUGCUCUACAUAUUCCUGGUGCCCGAGUCUCCACGCUGGUUGUUUACGACAGGACGUGUGGAUGAUUCCAUAAAGAUAUUGGAAAAGAUAGCUAAAAGAAACAAUGCGCCCACCGAAACCAUCCGUCCGGAGAUAGAGGCCGGCUAUAAAGUGCUGGCUGCCAAAACGCCUACAAAAAAGGGUAACGUGAUCGAUCUUUUUCGAACGCCCUUUUUGCGUGUGAAGACCUUUUGCAUGCUCGUUCUUUGGAUGGUGAUUUGCAUGGUCUACUAUGGCACCGCCCAGUAUAUAUCCAAACUGGGUGGCAAUAUAUUCCUUAACAACCUAAUCGCCGCUGGGCUAGGUAUACCCGGUACUCUGCUCUGUGUGGUCUUGACUAAGUAUUUGGGUCGCAAGAUUACAAUGAUGCUGUCCAAUGCGCUUAGUGCAAUUGGCCUGUUAGCUUUGGUGUUUCUGACUAAUAUCGAUAUGCGGAUUCAGGUGGCCUGCGCCACACUAGGACUAUUUGGUGCGUCGAUAUCAUUUCCCAAUGUGUAUCUAUGGGGCGGUGAGAUAUUUCCGACUGUGGUGCGCUCGAAUGGUAUGGGCCUGUGCUCUAUGAUUGGCCGUAUUGGUGGUCUGCUAGCACCGCUCAUCUGUGAUCUGGCCCACUUUCGGGCAUGGCUAACACCACUCAUAUUCGGCCUCUUCUCGGUAGCGGCCGUGAUUUGCAGCAUCCCUUUACCAGAGACACGCGGCGCUCUCCUGCCGGAGACGUUGGAGGAUGGUGAAAACUUUGGACGCAAGGCAAAGGAGUAACUGCAAAUUUUGCGCAAGUGUAGAAAUUCCGAAGUAUAUCAGACUACUGCACAAGCCAAGUUCACAGCUUCAGCAAAGUCUGUGAUAUAUAUAUUUGGCCUAAAAUGCCAGCAACAAAGAAAAAAAAGGUUUACAAAUGUUAAAUGUAAUCGCUGCAAAAUUAAUACAGUUGUUAUUAUUAAAACCAG